CGAUUCUCCCAAAAUUUAUCUUUCGGAUUGAUUCUACAACAAGGCGCACAAGCUUCCAAGCGGCACUCGACUGUUUGAUCCGGCUCACCAUGGAUAUUUUGAAGGUGCUUUCGCGCGGCAUAAAACCGAACCCGAAAACUAGACCCCAGGCCGUAGCGGCAGCGACACAGCUCCCCUCGGCCGGCGCCCUCCCCCACCCGCAGCUCUUCCACGACCCGGUGAGCACAAACUCCCGAGGCAAGAAAAGGAAGAGGAGAGGGAAUGCGCAAGGCGAUGAGACAGAGGAAACUCAAGAGGACGAAGAGUUGAGUGACGUGGAUUACUUCGCUCCGAAGAAGCCCGCCGCCAAUGCCGCGCCAGCCGAGGCCGAGGAGGACAUUGCCCCCAAGAAGCGCAAGAUCAAGCUCCUGGACGAGGACGAGUGCCGCCAGAUCUUGCGGUCGCACCGUCUCAAGUUUACAAUUCUGUCGGGGCUGCCCCAGGCCGAGGUGCCGGAACCCGAAGAGGAGAAGCCUUCUUCGAGAAAGAAGAAGCUGAAGAAGGAUAAGAAGAGCGACGGCGAAACAAAAAACAAGGAUGACAAGGGAAAGAAGGACGACCACAAAAAGCAGAUAUUUCCCCAGCCGCUCACGUCCUUCGGUGAGCUCCGAUACACAUAUGAUGUCUCCUCCCAGCUCGCGGCCAACAUCUCGGCGCAGGGAUUCCGCGUGCCGACCGAGGUGCAGAUGGGCAGCCUGCCUCUUCUCCUUCGGCCAUCAACGGCGCUGAAGAGAGCCAAGAGCGUUGAUCUUCCCGGGAUGGACAAUGGAGCAGACUUUCUCGCAGUUGCCCCCACCGGCAGCGGCAAGACCAUCACCUUCCUCAUCCCGGCGAUUGACGGGGUUCUGCGACAGCGCGAGGCGCAAGGGAGGGAUAAUGAGGAGCAUGUGCUGGAGGCCAUCGUCGUUGCGCCCACGAGAGAGCUGGCCAGCCAGAUCGUGAGCGAGGGUAGGAAGCUGGCGAUCGGGACCGGGGUGAGGGUGGUGCUGAUGAAGAAAGGUCUGAGGCUUGCUGCGGAGGAGGUUAAAGGGGAGAAGAGCAAGAGGGAGGAGGAAGAUGGUAGUGGGAGUGAAGCAAGCAGCAGUGAGGACGAGGAGAGUGAAGAGGAGUCCGAGGAAGAGAAGGAGAAGGCCGGCAAGGAGGGAGUUGCGAAGCCGCUGGCAAAGGUGGAUAUCCUGGUCACGACGCCUAAGAUCCUACUCAACUUCCUCUCUGGCGGCAAAUCAGGUCCUCGGAAGGUCCUACCUUCGGUCAGGUCACUGAUCCUCGAUGAGGCCGACGUCCUUCUCGACCCCAUCUUCCGCAAGCAGACGAUGGGCAUCUGGCGCGCCUGCACCCACCCGGACGUCGGCUUAACCUGCUGGUCCGCCACCAUGGCCUCCAACAUCGAGUCCCUCAUUACCAGGCAGCUCGAAAAACGGUCCAAACGGCCCGGCAGCACGCCGCGGCCGCUCAUCCGCCUCGUCGUCGGACUCAAGGACACGGCAGUACCCAACAUCACGCACAAGCUCAUCUACACGGCCACCGAGCCAGGCAAGCUCCUCGCCCUCCGACAACUCCUGCACCCGGUCUCGUCCGCCGACUCGGGCCCGCCGCUCCGCCCCCCGUUCCUGGUCUUCACACAAACCAUCGAGCGCGCCCAGGCGCUGCACGACGAGCUGAAGUACGACAUCCCGGUCGAGGCGGGCGGGUCGGCGCGCGUGGCGGUGCUGCACUCGUCGCUGGCCGACUCGGCGCGGUCCAAGAUCAUGGCCCGGUUCCGCGGCGGCGAGGUGUGGGUUCUGAUCACGACCGACGUGCUCGCGCGCGGCGUGGACUUUGCGGGCGUCAACGGCGUCGUCAACUACGACGUCCCCACCUCGGCGGCGGCGUACGUGCACCGGGCCGGGCGCACGGGCCGGGCGGGCCGCGAGGGCGGCGUCGCUGUCACGUUCUACACCAAGGACGACAUCCCCUUCGUGAAGAGCGUGGCGAACGUGAUUGCCGCCAGCGAGAAGCAGGCUGGCAAAGGCGAGGGCGAGGCGGUGGUGCAGAAGUGGCUGCUGGAUGCGCUGCCCAAGGUGGCCAAGGAGGAUAAGCGGAAGCUGAAGGUGCGCGGCGUGGAGUCGAGACGCACCGGCGGCAAGGCGACCAUCACGACCAAGAGUUCGUGGGAGCGGCGGAGAGAGCACAACCGGCUACAGGCGAUCGAGGCGAGCAAGCGGCGGAAGAGGCAGCAGCAGCAGCAGCAGCAGCAGCAGCAGCAGCAGGGGAAGAAGAAGCGCAUAACGGAGAGGGAGGACGAAGAGUGGGGAGGGCUGGAUGAUUGA